GCGACUUGUCUUCCCCCUCCAUCCUUUCCGGCGCCUCGGAUCCUAUCCCUAGUCCUCGACAUUCUAUGACCUAAAUCCGAGUCCUGUUGGUCACUCUUGCUCGACACUGUAUCAGCCAUACUGCUCACUGCCAUCCACAACUUGCUCCCCAACCACCACCAUGUCCAGUUUGAAGAACUCGCAGUUUGGCAAACGGCUCCGCGCGUCUCAUGCGCCAGACAACGACGAAGAACGCGGGCGGCGUAAUCGGCCGCGAACUCAGCCUACCUUUGGCGUUGCCCCAUCGCCCUCCGAUUCUCUAAUGGCCGGUUAUGAGAGUAGCGGCGCGGAGAAGGGUGUUGGUCAUAAAGACUACGGCGAUCGUUUCGUGCCUACUCGAGACACGGGGGACAUCCGUACCUCCUACCAGCUUAAAGAUGAAAUACCCCCCACAACCCCGUCCAAGGCCCGGAUAAUACCUACCGAGUCGGAUGCGCAGAAAGAGCAGGCGAACGCUAUCUUUACAUCCAUCUUGACAACAGAAGUCACGCCCCCCUCACCCAACCGCGCCGUCUCUCCCGUUCGUCAAGCUUCCAGCUCCGCGCUGCCUACGACGCCCACGAGGAAGCGGCUGUUCAACUACAAUUCUCCAUCGCGCUCAAAUUCUGGCACUCCUGGCAGGCGACUCGAUACGCCUACUGACGAAGCUUAUUCGAUGAGUCCCGUGCGUGCGGAGAGCAGGCAGACGUUGGAGAGCCCACGAAGGAAGCUUCGCAGCGUUUGCAAGACGCCAUAUCGCGUUUUGGACGCGCCAGAGCUGGCCGACGAUUUCUACUUGAACCUGGUGGACUGGUCAAGCACGAACGUUCUUGGAGUGGGACUAGGCUCAUGCGUGUAUCUGUGGACGGCACAUACUGCUGCGGUAUCGAAGCUGUGCGAUUUGUCUGAUACUAGCGACACAGUAAGUUCGCUGUCGUGGGUAGAGAAGGGCACCACACUGGCGGUGGGGACGCUGUCAGGCAAACUACACAUAUAUGAUGCGAAUACGCUGGAUAGACAGCGGACAUAUCAACAGGCACACGGCAAUCGAAUAGGCGCACUCUCAUGGAAUCAGCACAUCUUGAGUUCAGGGUCGCGCGACCGGAGUAUAUGUCACCGAGAUGUGAGGGAAGCCAGCAUGAAGCCGUUCAAGAAGUCACAGGGCCACAGACAGGAAGUUUGUGGACUACGAUGGAACACUGACGCAGGGCAGCAGACUGCGUUGUUGGCAAGCGGUGGUAACGAUAACAAGGUCUGCAUAUGGGAUCUUCGCGGUAACAAGCGACCCGGCAUACGGAACAAUCCCACCCCUGCGCCAAGUAGCGGGGCGAGCACGAGCGGAGCCGAGGAUACCAGUGACGCACCAUUGUUCAAAUUCCACGAGCACACGGCGGCAGUAAAGGCAUUAGCCUGGGAUCCGCACGUCAGCGGCGUACUGGCGAGCGGCGGCGGCACGGCCGACAAGCAUAUUCGCUUCUGGAACGUUUAUACAGGAGCACUGUUGAGCCAAUUGGAUACUGGUAGUCAGGUCUGCAACCUGACAUGGUCGCUCACGUCACAUGAACUUGUGUCGACGCAUGGAUUCUCGUCGACGACAGCGCAGAAUCAGAUCUGCAUCUGGAAAUAUCCAUCUCUGGACAUGGUUGCGUCGCUCACGGGACACACUCAUCGCGUGCUCUACCUCGCCAUGAGCCCGGACGGCGAGACGAUUGUCACCGGCGCGGGCGACGAGACGCUCCGUUUCUGGAAUGCGUUCCCAAAGAAGGACGGCAAUCGCGACAGGAAGGAGAGCCGGCUGGAUUACAGUCGGCUCAUACGGUGAUCCCAACCUACCCGCGCAUAGAAGCGAACGCUCCGGCCUCCGAUGCUUAAUUCAUCCCUCAUCUACUAUUGACAUAUCGACGCAUCCAACACAUCUCACCUUGCCGCUGCAACAUUUCAUCACCAGACAUACUAUCCUCAACGAACUGCCUCAUAUCUUUAAAUGUGCUGUGUGCACUGCCCUUUGACCUGUUGUUGUCUCAUAGCUUUCAUUCAGGGUGCUUAUCCCCCACUCUUCCAGCGAGCUCUGGCGUCGUGCUUCAUGCCACCCUUUUCGCUUUCUCAGCCAUGUGCUUUCGGGAACUUUUUCUUCUUUUUUACCUCACUUAAGCCUGAUAUGAUAUAUAAGUAUGCAUUCUCUGCGCGCCUUGCCCUCCCCUAGUACAAUUCUUCGCUCCUCGGUUCAUGUCUCUCGUGGUGUAUAUGAAAUGGAUCUUUUGUCGCUGGACAUAUAUACAGUACAUACCUGUUAGAAAUAUAUUGCUUUGCUUUCACUCAAAGACGGCACUGCGGCGCAACAGGUGUGUUACACACAGAUAGGGUAAGCUUAACGCGGGAUAUACUCAAUACAAGCAUAUUUCGUUCCUUCAGUCCUUCAGUCCUUCGGUCAUGCACUACCACCACCUCAUCUUCCUUCCCUAUACCUUCUGAAUAACUUAGGGCGCACUGAGCACAGUCUGCAUGAACUGGUCGUAGUUAAUCUGAAUCCAGCCAUCACGGUCGUUGUCGAGGCGCUGGAAGCUCUCGGUAAGGGUCUUGAUGACGACGCAUGCGCGCACGAAGCGAUCGAACGAGAUGCCGGGCGGCGCGGUGCCAGGUACGGACGGUGCGCUCGCUUGUUGCACAUCUACCCCUCACGACGGGGCGCGUCAGUCAGCGUACGCUCUCCUUCAUGCGAAGUAACAGCACGACGUACCAUAUUUCUUCUCAAGCAGGUGCAGCAGCUGCGGGGAGAGAUUGUAUCCAAACUGUGUCAGCGCCUGCUGCAGCUCCGCAUGGUCGAUGGAGCCCGAGCGGUCGCGGUCGAAGUGUCGGAAGACGUUCUGCCAGUCCUUGAUGUACUUCCACAAGCCUGCGAACUAUGCACAGUAUUAGGGUGAGAGUGGGGGCGGGGGGACAGAGUGCGCACCUCGUUGAAGCCGAUCGAGCCGCUGCGGUCAGUAUCCUGGGUGUGCGCGUGAAUAU